UAACUCUAUUUAAUCUGUGCAAGUAACAUGUGACUAUAAAAUAAUUCAAACUAAUUACAAAACUACAAAAACAGAUCGUCGAAGUUCUUAAGGAAAGUUACAAAUAGCGACAGAAUGGGAGAAAAUAAAAAAUACAGUGAUAUUAAAAUUCGUCCCGCGAAAGGUGACGACAUGGAUGCUGUUGCUGAAAUGAUUCAAGAACUUGCUGAUUUUGAGAAGAUGUCAGAUGGCCCCAAAAUAUCUGCUAAAGACCUCCGGCGCGAUGGGUUCGAAGCAAAGCCUCCAGCGUUUCAAUGCCUAGUGGCAGAGGUUGAGGAAAGUGCCAAGAAUCCUAUAGUGGGAUAUGCCUUGUACUUCCCUACAUACUCAACUUGGCAAGGCCGUGCCAUGAUGCUUGAGGACUUAUAUGUGCGCUCUAGUGAUAGAAAAUGUGGAGUAGGCAAAAAACUCUUCAAUGCUGUUGCUAAGGAGGCUUCAUCAUCAGGAUGUUCACGACUGGAAUUUCAUGUGCUGGAGUGGAAUGAUGCAAGAUCAUUCUAUGAAGGAAAGGGAGCUAUUAAUUUGACCAGUUCAGAACAGUGGUGUUACUACCGGCUAUCUGGUGAUGCUUUGCAACAGGCAGCUAACGAAGCAGACUCAUAAGAGAUGAAACAGCCUUACUGGCUGAUAUAACCAAACUGCAUUUAAAUAUUUCUUUAUAAACUGAACCUACUGUGAUAGUUUUGUUUGUUUAAAAUAAAACACUAUGAUUGUCCCA